UGGUGGUGUUUGCAGUUUUUUAGUUUUUUCUGUUUCAUUAUAUAGUUUGAUAAUUAUGAUUAUUAAAGCUAAAUAAUGACAUUUCUUCCGAGUAUUUUAGUAGCUGACAUCCACGGUGGAAAAGGAGAAGAAAUCAUCAAACUAAUCACCAAAACCGAAGAAGUCGGAAACUCUGAGGUUCAAAGCGGCUCUUCGUGUUUCAAGUGGCAGAUCGAUAAUAAAUAUUAUUACGCGGAUGUGAAUCUUUGCACGUCAAAUCCUCAAACCAGUUUUUCUGAAGAUUUCAAAGAUUUUGUCGAAGCUGUAAUACUGCAUUUCGAUGCUGAUAAGAGGAUCGUUAUUGAUGAUUUGAACAAAUGGCUAAGCUAUUUGGAAAGUUUCCAUAUUUCUGAAAAAAUAUUGCUCUGCAGAACAUGUAAAGAACUGACCGAAGUCGAAAAAGAUGCAGUGAAUGAUUGGUGUAUUAAGAAUGAAUAUGAAUUAGUGGAGCUAGAAUCGCCUCAAACUGAAGAUGAUAGUGAUAUAUCUUUUCCGGAAGCCGUUGGAAUUGAUAGAGUAAUCGAAAUUCUACAUUCUCACCAAUGGCCUAACUUGAUCAGAAAAGAAAAAAUUGUUCAUGAAUCCGAUUUAUCAAAUGACGAAAUUUUGGAAGAAUCCGCUUCAAAAACACAAACUUGUGAGAACAGUAAUCACUCGAAGAGUCGGCAUGAAGAUGAGUCGUUAGCAGACGAAGACGAAUUUGAGAAUAUGGAACAAUUGACCCUUAUUUUCAAAAAUUUGCGAUCUAUGAAAAAUGAGAUAUCGUCAUUAACAACAGAGCAAAAACUUGAUCAAGCUGAAAAGGUCGUCAAAGCAUUCUGGAAUGCUGUCGGUGGUGAUGCUGAUGAAUUUAGUGACAGUGACGACAAUGAAAAUAUUUGUUCUUGAGUGUACCAUCAUCCUAUUCUCGGAAUCUGAACUGCCAGUGACAGGCGUUUAACACUUUGUUGGCAAGACCACAGGUGAGACUUAUUUUUCUACUUCGGUUUUUUCCAAACGUGUUUCAUUCUUGAAUUUGAAUUGUAAAACUUGAAGUACCUACCUACUAGGUACGUAAACGUAAUUAUUUUAUUGUAUUUAAAAACGUACGUUCGUGCGUUCUAUUUUGUAAAAAAAAAUUAAAAUAAUAGUUGUUUAAAAAAUGUAUAUUGUUUGUAUAAAUUUUUAAUUAUGGUACCAUGCAAAAAAAAAAACGAUCUUAUCAUGUAUCAUUGUAGAUAUUUCUCAGGUACUGCGGUCUAUAUUAACUGUAUUUUUUUUCCAUUAUUCAUUUUUAUUUUACCAGUUUAUUUAGGUUCUUGUUCAAUUUUUAUUUGCGUUUCAUUUGGAGUCGCUUUGAUUGCUGGAGCGCCAGUUUGCACGAUUGGAACUACUUUUUCUCCGGUGUGGGUCAAGCUCUAUAAACGUAGUAGAUACAUAUUUCUAUUAGCAUUUGCAUAAUGACAGCGUGAACUACUUUAAAAUAAGAGAAGAUCGUCUCCAAAGUCUCAAUUAAAACUGCGAGAUUUUCAAAACUAUUUAAAUACGUACUUUUUUAGGAACUGAAAUUGUUAAAACUCCGUCGGAUGAUAAGCUGGAAACUACGUUAUCAAGAUCUAGUUCUUUCGAUGGUGGUAAAUAACGUCUAACGAAAUGUCGUGAAACAAAGCCGUGUUCGUCUUGUUUUUCCUCGUGUUUUCCCUCGACAACAAUUGAGCCAUCAGACACUUUCACAGUAAUUUCACCGGGUGCGAAUUGUUGAACGUCUAAGACGAUCUGUAAUAAUUGAAUUUCGUUUAUUGGCUCAUUAUUUAUUUGGGAAAAAAUGAAGAAUCUCUAAAAUUUGUGUUUUUCAAGUAAAUAUGAAGAAAUUCUACCCUUCACUCUACAUACAUAUAACUUGAGAAUACGUUUAUGUUUGUAUUAUCUAGCCUAUUAAUUUGUAAAUAAUACUCGUUAUUGUUUAAGUGAGUAGGUGUGUGAUUCUGGAAGAAAAAAAUGUUCUAAAUUUAGUAAGAUCUUCGAUACAUACAUCGAUUUUUAUUCAUAUCAAAUUUUCAAAAUAUUGUGAUCCCAAUUUCAAAUAUCUUCGCAGAGUUUUUUUUUAAUAAAAAGUUUUGAAGGGUCUCCCUGAGAUUAUUGUAAAAAAAAAAAAAAAAAUUAUGUACUAACCUCGAAUCCUUUGCCCUCGGUUUUUAUUAAAGAACUACCGCUGUUCUGGCGAGGAAUUAAUUCUUUCCAUGGUCUGAAAUAUCUUCCUGGUCUGAGCAAGGGUGACGAUAAUGAAGAGUAAUUUGUUAAUAAAUCAUCUUUUUUCAGUCCUAAUCCGAAAUGUUGAUCCAGUAUUCUGCUAGGACGUUCUCUGUCGAAAUGAUCGAAUUCAUCCCACCAAUCGCGGAAUAACAAAGGAACCAACGACAUCUAAAACAA